UGUUCAUCCAUUGCAUUUUCUGUUUAUUUGUAUUGAACUUCUGAACCAAACGGAGCCCAUCGUUUCACAUUUCUCCGUGCCGAGAUCAUCCUCCUGGCUAGCUGUUGACAGAAGAAGAGUGCCUGAUCUGCAUAGUUUUCUUUUCGGAAUAUUUUGAGAAUUUGAGUUUCGGCUUCUCACAAGAAUAUUUGUAACAGGCCGAGCACCGGGAUCUGAAGCCUAUAGAGGUUCCGUAGAUCGACCAUAAACCCCGAGAUCACUCACCAGCGAGGAACGAAGAGAUGUCAGCAGCCGAAGCCGCCGCCGAGAGCCCCGCGGCGGCAGCCGAGAGGCUCAAGCGCCAUGACUCGCUCUACGGCGACGCCGAGAAGGUCUCCGGCGACAAGUGCCACGGCUCCGGGGGCAGCUGGGCGCGGACGCUGAUGCUGGCGUUCCAGAGCGUCGGCGUCGUGUACGGCGACAUCGGGACGUCGCCGCUGUACGUGUACUCGAGCACCUUCCCGGACGGCAUCCGCCACCCCGACGACCUCCUCGGCGUGCUCUCGCUCAUCCUCUACACCCUCAUCCUCAUCCCCAUGCUCAAGUACGUCUUCGUCGUCCUCCACGCCAACGACAACGGCGACGGCGGGACGUUUGCGCUGUACUCGCUGAUCUCGCGGUACGCCAAGAUCAGGAUGAUCCCGGACCAGCAGACCGAGGACGCCACGGUGUCCAACUACGGCGUCGAGGCGCCCAGCUCGCGGCUGCGGAGGGCGCAGUGGCUCAAGGAGAAGCUCGAGUCCAGCAAAGCCGCCAAGAUCGGCCUCUUCACCAUCACCAUCCUCGGCACCUCCAUGGUCAUGGGCGACGGGACCUUGACGCCAGCGAUCUCUGUGCUGUCGGCAGUGAAUGGGAUCAGGGAGAAAGCGCCCAACUUGACUCAAUUGGAAGUGGUGUGGAUCUCGGUGGCCAUCCUGUUCGUGCUCUUCUUUGUGCAACGCUUCGGCACCGACAAAGUCGGCUACUCCUUCGCCCCCAUCAUCUCGGUGUGGUUCCUCCUCAUCGCCAGCACCGGGAUGUACAACCUCGCCGUGCACGACGUCACCGUCCUCCGGGCCUUCAACCCCAUGUACAUCCUUCAGUACUUCAGCAGGAACGGCAAGGAGGCCUGGGUCUCGCUUGGGGGCGUCAUCCUCUGCAUCACAGGCGCCGAGGCCAUGUUUGCGGACCUUGGCCAUUUCAACAUCAGGGCCAUUCAGAUCAGCUUCACCUGUAUCCUCUUCCCCUCCGUCUCACUAUGCUACAUGGGUCAGGCGGCCUAUCUGCGCAGAUUCCCCGAAAACGUCGCUGACACCUUCUUCAAGUCCAUCCCGGGUACAGCCGAAUGAUCGAUCAAUGGCUUGUUUGCGCCCAUGUUCUGGCUGGUGUUCGUGGUGGCGAUCAUGGCGGCCAUCAUCGCGAGCCAGGCCAUGCUGUCCGGCGCCUUCGCGAUCCUGUCCAAGGCCCUGUCGCUGGGUUGCUUCCCGCCGGUGGAGGUGGUGCACACCUCCAGCAAGUACGAGGGCCAGGUGUACCUCCCGGAGGUGAACUUCCUGAUCGGCGCGGCCAGCGUGGCCGUCACGCUGGCGUUCCAGACGACGACCAACAUCGGGAACGCGUACGGCAUCUGCGUGGUGACGGUUUUCUCCAUCACCACGCACCUGAUGGCGGUGGUGAUGCUGCUGGCGUGGCAGACGCCGCCGGCGCUGGUGGCCGCGUUCUACGCCGUCUUCGGCUUCACCGAGUUCUUGUAUCUGUCGUCGAUCCUGUCCAAGUUCGCCGAGGGAGGGUACCUGCCCUUCUGCUUCUCGCUGGUUCUCAUGGGGCUCAUGGCGGCGUGGCACUACGUCCACGUCCUGCGCUACUGGCACGAGCUGGAGCGUGCGGUGCCGGCGGCGGAGCUGGCCGCCGUGCUGGCGCGGCACGACGUGCGGCGGGUGCCCGGCGUGGGCCUGCUCUACUCGGAGCUCGUGCAGGGGAUCCCGCCCGUGUUCCACCGGCUGGUGGACAAGAUCCCCUCCGUGCACGCCGUCUUCGUGUUCGUCUCCAUCAAGCACCUCCCGAUCCCGCGCGUGGCGGCGCCGGAGCGCUUCAUCUUCCGCCGCGUCGGACCCAUGGGCCACCGCGUGUUCCGCUGCGUGGCGAGGUACGGGUACACGGACCCGAUGGAGGGGCACGGGGAGUUCGCCACGCUCCUCCUCGAACGCCUCAAGGUGUUCGUCCAGGAGGAGGCCGCAUUCGCCGGCGGCGACCGGACGGUGGCGGCGGCGAUGGAGGAGGAGCAGCGGUUCAUCGACGGGGAGGCGGCGCGCGGGGUGGUGUACCUGAUGGGCGAGGCGACGGUGACGGCGGCGGCGGGGUCGUCGGUGGUGAAGAGGGUGGUGGUGAACAACGUGUACGGGGUCCUCCGGAAGAACCUCCGGGAGAGCCACAAGGCACUGUCCAUCCCCAAGGACCAGCUGCUCAGGGUCGGCAUCACCUACGAGAUAUGACCCGAUCCCUUCUUGAUUCCUAGGGCUUGUUUUCCUGUGCUAGCUCUAGCUCCUCCUUAGUUCUAGCAGUUGGAGUGACUGUUCAUUAAUCUGUUGUGCACAAUGUAUUUGGAUGGGUAGUGACUAGUAAUAGUUAUCUCUGUUGCAAAUUGCCAAGCUUCAUUCCAUUCCAUCUACCAUUCACCAGCCGGCCAUUCAGUGCUCACAUAUCGCAAUAGCCUGAAUAGCCACUGCGAGAAAGUGCAGGGGAAACAGUCAGAAGUCGCUGCAGAACAGCAGAAACAAAACAUUCCUUGUAAAUUGUACUCCAUUCAUGCCGUCCUUUUCAGUUGCUGUCUUGCAGAAACUGUAAAUUUCUCUGCUCCUUUGUCCUUUCCCUUGUCUGCUGAUAUUCAGAAAGAUGCAGGCCUCAGCUCUGAAACUGUAAAUCCAUAAGCUGCUGAACCAGGACGCCAGCAUAGGGCAGUCCGGAUAACGGCUUUGGCGCUUUGUUUGUUCUGUAUUCGGUGUCACCGAACGAGCCAGGCCCUCCCUUCAUUAUCAGUAAACAGUGCAUGGCUCCUGGAGAGAAGAUGAAACACAGGCACAGCUUGCUCCAGACUCCGGAGUGAGUAAUGACCAGACCCAGCAUGCUUCUAAUGAUUUGUUAUGUACAGUUCCAAAGGGUAUCAGGGUAUCAGGCAAUGCUCAAUGGCGAAGUGGACGCCGCUCGAUUGAAUCGAGUUGCAGCAAAUGAUGUUUCCCUCAUGGUUUCGCUACCAGUUAUGAGCACAGAAGCCCCAUACUUUUGGGCUUCACAAGAACUCGAAAAAUACCUGAUAACAUCCAAGAGGCGAGGUUAACAGAGGUCAUAAGGCCAAUCCUGACAAUAUCACCAAAUAACCGACAAAUUAAAGUCAUGUGUAGAACUUUUGAACCCUGCUAUUCACCAUGGUAGCAAGACGCCAAAUCGGUGAACGGUUCAUUUGACAUACAUUUCAGCCUCUUCUGGUAACACAGCUUCUGAAUUGGAAGACAUGACGUAGAACUCUUCAAACCUCCAGGCUUCAUGCAGCUCAGAAAACUCCAAAUACUAAAACAAGGGCAGAUCUCACAGUUGCACCAAAGAGAGGAGGUUGAUACCACGGCAAGCCGGAUAUAAAAACUGCGGCCAACGUUUGUCUCUUCUGCCGGAUCUCACAGUUGGCAUCCUCCCUUGUACCGACGAAACCGUCCCCUGCCUGCUCUUCACACAGAUCGCCUCAAUUUUAUUCCUCCAUCUGAUUGCGACAUCAUCUCAAGAAAACAACGUUAUCAAUUUACCACCCAAACAAUCCAUCUUGACGCUGACAAGCUAGUUUAAUCCCCAGGGUGAAACAUGACAUACAUUAGGGCCUCUCCUGUCGAUAAUUGCAAGGCAUACAGCUUUCUAAACUGUAAAAGAUCAGCAGCAAAAAUUACCAUCUGCAGUCCACAGUUUUAUAGAUCUUUCUGGUCCUCCAGAUGGGUUAUCUUUCUGGUCCUCCAGAUGGGUUUUCUAUCAAAAGAGUGGCACA